GUUAAGGUCAUCAAGUAGGAAGUAAGAGAUUGUUUUAAGAUAUGAUUCACACUUCAUCAGCGACACAUCAGUUUUGCACUGCUCCUGGAAGUGCAUUGGGGUUAAAGAUGACCAGCAGGAUGGAAACGCUUACAACAGCAACCGAUGACUCACCUAUGUGCAACAUCAUUGACUUGAAUGAUUUCUCCAAAACGUAUCUUCCUCCCUUGUACUACAUCAUCUUCAUCAUUAGCCUGGUCGGCAAUGGAGUAGUUCUGUGUAUCAUGUACAAGUUUGAAAAGCUCAACACGGUCACAAAUAUCUUUCUCCUCAACCUGAUAGCUUCCAACAUAGUUUUUACCUUCACGCUCCCAUUCCAAGCCGUUUCUCAUUCCGAUGAAUGGAUCUUCGGUGAGAUGCUCUGCAAGUUGGUGAAUGGUUGCUCCUAUCUCGGUUUCUACAGCUCCAUCCUCUUCCUCACUCUCAUGACAUUUGAUCGCUACCUGGCUGUGGUCCACAGCGUAGUAGCCAACAGACAACGCAGGAGCUGCUAUGCUGUUUUGUUGUCUGUAAUCGUCUGGUGCGUUAGUUUCGUUGCGAGCCUCGAACUCUUCGUCCACUUCACCGUUAACGAGGAUAAUCAGAUGGACGGAUCGGUUUGUGAAGACCAGAGCAAAGGUCAUUGGAAAGUGUUUGCACUUUACAAACAAUUUGUGCUUUUUUUUCUCUUCCCAUUGGCUGUGUUUGUAUACUGCUACUCUAGGAUAAUAAUAACAGUCAUCUCCACACGAAUAGUAGGUAAACACAGAACGGUGAGGCUUAUUUUUAUUAUUGUCUUGAUGUUUUUUGCAUUCUGGAGCCCGUAUAAUAUCAUAUUGAUGAUACAUAGUAACAAAAAUCCUGAAGAGUGUGACGACAGUCUUGAAUAUCCAUUGCGCAUUACUAACAAUAUUGCCCGCUUAUACUUUUGUAUUAACCCUUUCUUCUACACCUUUCUGGGGAAGAAGUUUCAGAACCAUGUGAGACGAGUGUUAGCGAAUAAAUUUGUGUGUUUAACGCAAUAUGAAUCAUCCAGUGCAGAGCAGCAAAACAGUUCAUUAAAGAUAACCGGUCGGACAGACAAUACACCAUGUUCCUUCAAUCAAAGAGUACAUUAGGACAAAAGUGCUUAGACAAACUAGUGUUGGUCAAUGUAAAAAAAAUCAUGUAAAUCUGUGAUGGUUAAUUGAGUCACAAUGUGCACCGUUUAAUUCUGAGCUAGAGGCAAAAGAAAAUAUAAAUGUCGAUUCUGGUCAAAUUUGAGGUUUUCAUAGAAAUAAGUACAUUAAUUAAUAGUCAUUAAACAUCUCAAAUAAUCUUUUUAUGUUAAAUCUGUUUAUUGAACUUUUACAAAAAUAUCAAAUAAUCUUUAUUCAUUAUUACAGUUUUAAAAAUAAUUCACCUAUAUAUAAUCUGUUAAUGUCUUAAGUGAUUGUUUGGUUAACUGUUGAGAAAAAAUAUUUGAUGUGUAACAUUAUAUUAGAUCCUUGCAGUUGAUCUUAAAGCUGUGUGUCUCAAUGUCAGUCAAAUAUUUAAUUAAGGAAAAAAAGUUGAACAUAUUUUUUUCUAAUAGAUAUUGUUUUCGACUUUGUGUGUGCUAAAUCUGUUUGCUUUAUCAGUGAUUUAAAGGUAUGGAUGUAAUGAUCAAUGAGCUUUUAAAAUAGAGAAAAUUGGCAUUUUGCCAGCAUGGUCACAUAUAUGUUUAAAAUGAUGCUUAUAAAUGUAUAUAUUCGAAAAGCAGUGUGACAUCGUUUUAAUUCAUACUGUACUGUAUGUACGCAUGCUUUUUUGUUGUACACAUUUUCUGAUAUAUUAAGACUAUUCAACAAACUAAGUUCUUUGUCUGUUUUAUUCACCAAAAUACAGGAAGAAAAUAGAGUGGAAGUAUUAUUGAAUAAUGUCAGAGCACCUUGUUUGAAAGUAUUGGGCAAUCAUUUUUUAAGUUCCUGUGUUAUGGACUGUAUUGCUUCAUUGCUUGCUAUUGCACAAAUGAAUGACUCACACUGCCUCCUUCGCUUCAAAUUCUUCUUCUGAGUGUAUGUUUUUGUGAUCAUGACUACUGUGAAAAUGAAUGAAUUCAAUGGUUAUCUUGGACUGCAUACCCAUGUCUUAUUUGCAUAUCUUUGAUGUGGAUGAAAUCUACAUCAACAUCACAUCUGAGGUCAGCUGCUUUUGGAGAUAAUGUAUGUGAAUUAAA